AUGGCUUCCUCAACAGCCCAGCUCCCUCCCAACGUCCACGUCUCCCAGCACCCGUGUCUCCGUGCGAAGCUCUCGCAGCUGCGAUCCCAGUCAACACCGGCGCGGGAUGUCAAGUCUUUGGUGAACGAUAUCGCGUUGAUGGUGGCAUAUGAGGCCCUCGCCGCCUCAACAAAAACGACGGAUGGUCCCAAAGACGCUACACCGCUGGGCUUCGAGUUUACCUCGACCCAAAUCACACCCUCCCGCCUCUGCCUCGUUCCCAUCUUGCGCUCAGGCCUCGGCAUGGUAGAAGCCGUCCAAACCAUCCUUCCAACCCCCGUCCCCGUCCACCACCUCGGCCUCUACCGGGAGCCCUCGACCCUCGAACCGGUCGAGUACUACAACAACCUUCCCAACCAGCUUGCUGUCGACGGCUCCAACUCGGACGCCAGCGAUCUGGCCAUCAUCCUCGACCCGGUCAUCGCGACGGGCGGCACCUGCGCCGCCGCCAUACAGACCCUCCGCGAGUGGGGCGUCAAGCGCAUCGUCGUCCUGGCAGUCAUCGGUGCCGCCGAGGGCGUAAAGCGCGCUGCGGAAGAGUGGGCAGACGCGACAGACAUCUGGAUCGCGGGCGUCGACGCCGAGUUGACGCCGAACGGCAUGCUGAAGCCUGGCCUGGGCGAUGUCGGUGACCGGUUGUUCCUUACUAUUGGCAAAUGA